UUUGAACUUACCCUUUCCCCGAACUAUUCAGUUUUACUAACUAUGUUCCUGGCAUGUAGCCCGAUGUCACUCCUCGUCCCGAACAAGGCAGAACACCCUGUUCCAACUCCAAGUCAGAAGCGUCACUGCGCCAAUGCUACCACACAGUAUUAAGACUACGCGAACUGCUCUGCACCGACAAACAUGCUCUACCUAGCACCAAACUUAUGCAACACGGGGAUACAUUUGUAAAUGGGUCAGAUGUUGCCGACUCUUUUAUGGAUGGGAAGCCGCUACAGCCUUUCUUGAUGGAAUUUUACAUGAGAUGCCUCCGUGAUGAUGUUGCAUCCAUGGGAUCAACUGAAUCUCGGAGAUCUAUCUUUCUAACUCCCACCAUAUCGGCCAUUCUCGACUGGGAAGCUACACACCGCAGGGACAGCACGCAUAUACCUUUUGAUGAUGUCGCUCUUCUGUGCGCCCUGGACUGCCUGCUUCCUUCAGAGGAAGCACUCCUAGCAUGCAACACGAUUUUCCUCCCAAUGUUCCACAAACGCCAUUGGUCUGUUUACGCCAUCAACCUCGCUCUCCUACGUAUCGACAUCUUGGACCCAAACCCCUACGGGCCGGAUCUCCCCCACACUCUUUGGCAGGACUUCCACAAAGACACGGUUCAAAAUGACUGUGGCAAAUACGCUUUUUGUAAACUUGCAGCCAUUAGACUAGCCACCGCCAUUCAAAAGCUGCGGCCAAAGGCAUUGCUGCGAAACUUUGCCAACUUUCCGUUCCACUACCAAACCAACUGCCCCACCAUGGCACCCGGGUCCAAUGAUAGCGGGUUUUACGCAAUGAUCUUUCUCAGAUCAUACGAUGCGAGCGAUGGUACUGUCACUCUACGUCUGGACCCUACCCAGUCAGCUCAUCUACAUUCGGAACUUCUCCACCACCUCCUCUUUCACAAAUCAAAUGAAGUGAAGAACCUGCAUCCUGAAGUUGCCAAGAUGAACUGUCGCAAUCUAGGACUUUAGUUUAGUGCAUUAACUGUGCUGCAAUGUUUUGUAUCUUUGGUUUGUACACGUUCAACAUGACUGAUUUAUGGGGCCUCUGCACCCUUAUUGAGUAACUGCAAGAAUUGGCACAAUCUUUCUAUUAAUCUUUGUCAAUUUCUACUGAAAUAAUCCUCAUGUACCAUGUUAUAUAUACUUACUGUGCUCAGUUUUUAAAAUAACCCACA